GUGAAAACAACAACAGCUGAAAGAGAAAAGUCCACAAACAACAACAAAAGAGGAACAACAAAAAGGCAAACAUGACAACCAUAAAGCUGCUCAUUAUCGCCUGUUUGCUGUGUGGCGUGGGGCGGGCGGACGAGUCGCUGGACACACGUGAAGGCGUCGAUCUGGUGCUCAAGUGCCGUUUCACCGAGCAUUAUGAUUCGACUGACUUCACCUUCUACUGGGCGCGCUGGACCUGCUGCCCCACAUUGUUCGAGAAUGUGGCCAUUGGCGAUGUGCAGCUCAACUCCAAUUAUCGACUUGACUUUCGGCCGGGUCACGGCAUUUACGAUCUGCAAAUUAAGAACACCUCCUACAAUCGGGACAAUGGACGGUUCGAGUGCCGCAUCAAGGCCAAAGGCACCGGGGCCGAUGUGCAUCAGGAGUUUUACAACGUGACAGUGCUAACGGCCCCACAUCCGCCAAUGGUGACGCCCGGGAACAUUGCGGUGGCCACCGAGGAGAAGCCACUCGAGCUGACCUGCAGCAGCAUUGGCGGCUCACCGGAUCCCACGAUAACCUGGUUUCGAGAGGGCAGCAAAGUGCCAUUGCAGUCGUACGCGCUGAAGGGCGGCUCCAAGAACCACUACACGAAUGCGACGCUGCAGAUACUGCCCAGACGGGCGGACGAUGGUGCCAAGUACAUAUGCGUCGUUUGGAAUCGUGCCAUGCCCGAGGGCCACACGCUGGAGACCAGCGUAACGCUGAACGUCAACUAUUAUCCACGCGUGGAGGUGGGGCCGCAGAACCCGCUGCGCAUCGAGCGCGAUCACAUUGCCAAGCUGGACUGCCGCGUGGACGCCAAGCCGAUAGUAUCGAAUGUGCGCUGGUCACGCAACGGGCAGUAUGUGAGCGCCACGCCCAGUCAUACGAUCUAUCGCGUGAGCCGGCAUCACGCCGGCAAGUACACGUGCAGCGCGGACAACGGACUGGGCAAGACGGGCGAGAAGGAUAUCAUACUGGACGUGCUCUAUCCGCCGGUGGUCACCAUCGAGUCGAAGACCCACGAGGCCGAGGAGGGCGAAACUGUGCUGAUCCGCUGCAACGUGACCGCCAAUCCGCCGCCCAUUGCCAUCGAGUGGCUGAAGGAGGGCGCCACAGACUUCCGCUACGCUGGCGAGCUGCUGACCCUGGUCUCGGUGCGGGCGGAGCACGCGGGCAACUACAUCUGCCGCUCGGUGAAUCUGAUGCAGCCCUUCGGCUCGAAGCGCGUCGAGGGCGUGGGCAACUCCACGGUGGCGCUGCUGGUGCGCCAUCGGCCCGGCCAGGCCUACAUAACGCCCAACAAGCCGGUGGUGCACGUGGGCAACGGCGUGACGCUCAGCUGCUCGGCCAAUCCGCCGGGCUGGCCGGUGCCGCAGUACCGCUGGUUCCGCGACGUCGACGGCGAGGCGGGCAACACCCAGAAGAUACUGGCCCAGGGGCCGCAGUACUCGAUACCCAAAGCCCAUCUGGGCAGCGAGGGGCGCUACCACUGCCACGCCGUGAACGAGCUGGGCAUUGGCAAGAUCGCCACCAUCACGCUGGAGGUGCACCAGCCGCCGCAGUUCCUGGCCAAGCUGCAGCAGCACAUGACGCGGCGGGUGGGCGACGUCGACUAUGCGGUGACGUGCAGCGCCAAGGGCAAGCCGAAGCCGGAGAUACGCUGGAUCAAGGACGGCACCGAGAUAUUCCCCGCCCGCCGGCUCUACGAGAUACGCACCACGCCCACCGAUGCCGGCGGCGGCGUGGUGAACGUGCAGAGCGUGCUGCGGUUCCGCGGCAAGGCGCGACCCAACGGCAAUCAGCUGCUGCCCGGGGAUCGCGGCCUCUUCACCUGCCUCUACGAGAACGACGUGAACUCGGCCAACUCGUCGAUGCACCUGCGCAUCGAGCACGAGCCCAUCGUCCUGCAUCCGUACAACAAAGUCGCCUACGACUUGCGCGAGUCGGCGGAGGUCGUCUGCAAGGUGCAGGCGUACCCCAAACCCGAGUUCCAGUGGAAGUUCGGCAACAAUCCCUCGCCGCUGACCAUGUCCUCCGAUGGCCACUACGAGAUCAGCACCCGCAUGGAGAGCAACGACAUAUACACGACCAUCCUGCGCAUCGCCCACCUGCAGCACUCGGACUACGGCGAGUACACCUGCCGCGCCACCAAUUCCCUCAACACGAUCCGCACCCAGAUCCGGCUGCAGCCGAAGGGUCCGCCGGAGAAGCCGACGGCCCUCAAGGUGCUGGAGGUGGCCCACAACUACGCCGUGCUCAGCUGGCAGCCGGGCUUCAAUGGCGGCCUAUCGAACACGAAGUACUUGGUCAACUAUCGGCGCGUCGCCACGCCCCGUGAGCAGCUGCUCUCGGACUGCUCGGGCAACGGGUACGCGGCCAGCUACCAGGUGAGCAGCUCGACUGCCGCACAGUCGGGCGCCCACGAGUCCAUCGAGUUCAACUGCUUCCACGAGAAUCCGUGCAAGCUGGCGCCGCUGGAUCAGCACCAGAGCUACAUGUUCAAGGUGUACGCCCUCAACUCGAAGGGCACGUCCGGCUACUCGAAUGAGGUGCUCGCCACCACCAAGGUGAGCAAGAUUCCGCCCCCGCUGCACGUCAGCUACGACCCCAACUCCCACGUGCUGGGCAUCAACGUGGCCGCCACGUGCCUCUCCCUGAUCGCCGUCGUCGAGUCCCUGGUCACACGGGAUGCCACCGUGCCCAUGUGGGAGAUUGUCGAGACGCUCACUCUGCUGCCCUCGGGCAGCGAGACGACCUUCAAGGAGGCGGUCAUCAACCAGAUCGCACGCACCGCUCACUACACCACGGCCACCACGUCCGGACGCAGCCUGGGUCCGGGCAACGGCCACCACGGCGAGGAUCGCACCAUGGCACUGGCGGAGACUGCGGGCCCGGGUCCGGUGGUGCGGGUCAAGCUCUGCCUGCUGGCCAAUCACGAGCAUUGCGGUGCCUAUGCCAAUGCGGAAAUUGGUAAAUCGUACAUGCCGCACAGCUCCUCGCUGACCACCUCCACUUGGGUAGCCAUCGUCAUAGCUGGACUGUCGUUUGUGCUGCUGCUGGCGCUGCUGUACGCUUUCUGUCGCUGCCGGCGCACGCAUGCGGCCAAGAAGCAGGCGGCGGCCUCUGCGGCCACAGCCACGCCCAGCAGUGGUGCCAAGGACUACGAUGUGGAUGCCACAUGCGGCACUCUGGUGGCCGCAACUGGAGACACGCAACAGCAGGCGCCGCCGCCUCCUCCGCCCUACUAUCCGACUGGGAGCCUGGACAGCAAGCAGCUGGAUGGUGGCAUGGAGCUAACAUUAACAGCUCUCCACGAUCCCGACGAGCAGCUAAACAUGCAGCAAGGAGAGAUGCACACGCAGCAGCAGCAGCAGCAACAGCAGCAGCAGCAAUAUCAAACGCAAUCCAAAUGCCAACAACAAGGACUCUACCAGCAGCAACAGCAACAGCAGCAGCAGCAGCAUACGAAUGGCUAUGGAUAUCAUGUGGCAAGUGGCAUUGGCAUCGAUGGCGACAGCUAUCAAGUGCUGCCCUCCUCCGUCGCUGGACACCAUGGCGAGUCAGGACCACUUGAGGCGACAACCGUUCCAGCAGCAGCAGCAGCAGCACGCGCCGGCAAACUAACGAAACAGCCCACCACCAACACCAUCAGCACCACCAUCCCCCCCACCAGCAACACCACCACCAACAACACCACCAACAACUCUAGCAACAACUCCACCUUGAAGCGUGGCCAGGUGAGGGGGCGGCAGCUGGUGCAGCAGGUGACCGCAGCUACGGCAGCUACCACCACGGCGCUGGCAACGACAAUUACAACAACAUCACGUAAUGCCAAAACCGCAACAACAACAACGACGCUCGCCAUCUCAGGGUCGAACAACAUGCCCGGAGGCAGCCAGGAGAACAACUAUAGCAAUGCGCGCGAUUUGUCGCAGGAGGCGCUGUGGCGCCUCCAGCUGGCCGCCGCUCAGAGCCAACAGAUCUACGUGGAGCAGCGACCGCCAUCGGCGUUCAGCGGCCUGGUCGACUACGCCGGCUAUCAACACAUCAACACGGUGACCAGCUCGCUGAGCCAGCAGAGCUUCGGACAGCAGCAGCAGCAGCAGCAGCAGUCGGUCGGAGUGCAGCCGCUGACGCCGCAUGAGAUGCUGCAGGCAGCGCAGCGCUAUGGAACGCUGCGGAAAUCAAAGCAGCCGCCGCUGCCGCCGCAGCGCAAGGAUCAACAGCAGCAGCAGCAGCAGCAGCAGCAGAAGCAGCAGCAGCAGCUGGCCGACAUUAUACAGGAUUUAGCAAAUUAAACUAAUUGCCAGUUAAGAGACAGCAACAACAACAACAACCAAACAACCAAAGCAACAACAGCAAAAUAUUUAAAAA